CUCAGCCGGCGCUCAUUCCCGGAUGUAAGCAGAACCGGCGUGAGAGCUUUGUCGCGAGCCCAUCUCGGCCAUGGGUGGCAAGAACAAGAAGCACAAGGGCGGCAGCGGGGCAGCAGGAGCGGGCGCCGUCCGUCCCGUGGCGGUCGCAGCGGCCCGGGCUAAAGCGGUGGGCGCCGCCGCGGCUGAAUCGGGCGCCGCCGGAGAAGCCGCUUGCAAAAGACCUCUGGUGCCUCGGCCGAGCCCUGCCGGGAAAGACCUGCGCGUUAAGCAAGGUCCAAAAACAUAUACCUUUGGUUCUGCGGUUGACGCCAAUGCAAGUACAGAUGAGUCUAUUCUUAAGGUCAUAAUUAAUAGUAAUUUGGAAAAAAGAAUUAUUGCCAUAAUCAAUGAGCAUAAAAAACAAACUGGUGAAAAAGGAAUGAUUUCUAGAAGACUAACUGCUAAAAAAUUACAGGACGUAUACAUGGCUUUGCAAGGAUUUUCUUUCAAGACUGAAGAUAUUGAAGAAGCUAUGAAUAAUACUAUCUUGUAUGGUGGUGACCUACAUUCUGCACUUGACUGGCUAUGUUUAAAUUUAUCUGAUGAUGCAUUGCCUGAAGGAUUCAGUCAGCAAUUUGGUGAAGAGCAACAGAAAACUAGGCCUAAAUUUCGUUCUCCUUUGCCAAAAUCUGAAACUCCUCAGGUGCUAAACAAUAAAAAGAAAGAAGAUGAUGGUGAGAAAAAGGUAACCACAGAAAAACAAAAAAGUAUAAGUAUGAAGGAACGAAUCUUGCUAUAUGCAGAGCAGCAGAGGAUUGAGGAAGAAAAUGAACCUCUGAAAAAUUCAGAAGAAGAAAAAUUUGACCCAAAUGAAAGAUAUUUGCAUUUGGCUGAGAAGCUUGUGGAAAUGAAAGAACUAGCAAAAUCCUCUAAGGAAGACAAAAACAAGCAGGGUCAGAAGAUGGCACAAGAAAAAAUAAGGCGUUUUCAACAAGAAAUGGGCACACUGGAAGACCACCCUUUGUUUAACCCCGAUAUAAAAGUUACAGACCAACCAAGUGAAAAGAAAAAGAAUCCCGUGUUUCUUGAAACAGAUGGAGCCUUGAGUUUGAAGAUACUUGAGAAAUCACAAAAUCCUCCUCCAGAAGAACAAAAAGUGAAAAAGAAAGAUCCCCAGGAUGUAAGGAAUUUUGAUUAUACAGCUCGAAGCUGGACUGGAAAAUCUCCCAAACAGUUCUUGAUUGAUUGGGUUAGAAAGCAUUAUUCAAAGUCCCCAAAUCCUUCAUUUGAAAAAGUUCCAUCGGGGAGAUAUUGGAAAUGUAGGGUAAGAGUUAUCAAGUCAGCUGAUGAUACAUUGGUGGUGUGUCCCACAAUCGUUACAGAAGAUAGUAUGCAGGCUCAACAUCUGGCUGCUACGUUAGCUUUGUAUCAAUUGACAAAAGGGCAGUCGGUGCAUCAGUUACUUCCUCCUACAUAUAGAGAUGUUUGGCUAGAAUGGAGUGAUGCAGAAAAGAAAAAAGAAGAAGAAAACAAGACAGAAACCAACAAACCUCGUGAUCAGUUCAUUGCCAGACUGCUGAACAAGCUGAAGCAGCAGCAGCCACCACCACAGCAAUUUGAAGGCAAGCCCAAACUUUCAGAAGAUGCAGAAGACUCUUGGGAGAACUUAAUUUCUGAAGAGGACUUUAAUGGGCUUUCUCUUAAGACCUCAUUUACAGAUGACUUAGAACCUAUGAGAGUUCUCUUUAAAAAACAACAGAGUUCUUCCAGAUACCAAAGACUUCUAAAGGAGAGAGAGCAACUACCAGUGUUUAAAUAUAAACAUACCCUCAUAGAAACUUUAAAAAAGCAUCGAGUUGUCGUUGUGGCUGGGGAAACAGGUAGUGGUAAAAGCACUCAAGUUCCACAUUUCUUGUUAGAAGAUUUGCUACAUAAUGAACGAAGUUUGAAUAAAUGCAAUAUUGUUUGCACCCAACCACGGAGGAUCUCAGCAGUGAGCUUGGCAACUAGAGUUUGUGAAGAACUGGGGUGUGAAAGUGGACCUGGUGGAAGAAAUUCCUUGUGUGGUUAUCAAAUCCGUAUGGAAUCGCGAACAGGAGAGGCCACGAGACUGCUUUACUGUACAACUGGAGUUCUUCUUCGGAAAUUGCAAGAUGAUAUUCUUCUUUCUAACGUGUCUCAUGUUAUUGUAGAUGAGGUUCACGAAAGAAGUGUUCAAUCAGAUUUCUUGCUAAUUAUCUUGAGAGAAAUCUUGCACAAGCGUUCAGAUCUCCAUCUCAUUUUGAUGAGUGCCACAGUUGAUAGUGAAAAAUUCUCCAGCUAUUUCACUCACUGUCCCAUACUAAGGAUUUCAGGAAGGAGUUACCCUGUAGAGGUUUUUCAUGUUGAAGAUGUAAUAGAGGAAACUGGCUUUGUUCUGGAGAAAGAUUCUGAAUAUUGUCAGAAAUUUUUGGAAGAAGAAGAGGAGAUAACUGUAAAUGUGACUAGCAAAGGAGGAGGAAUAACAAAGUAUCAGGAAAGUGUUCCGGUUCAGGUUGCAACUGGUAUUGAGCUAGGACCAUAUUUCCAAAAAUACAGCAGUCGAACUCGGGAAGCCAUAUACUGUAUGAAUCCCUACAAGAUCAACUUCGACCUCAUACUGGAGUUACUUGCAUUUUUAGACAAAAGUCCCCAAUUCAAAAAUAUGGAAGGAGCUGUCUUGAUUUUUCUGCCAGGCCUUGCACAUAUCCAGCAGUUGUAUGAUCUCAUUCUCACUGACAGAAGAUUUGAUUUAAGACAUAGACACCAGUUAGUAGCAUUGCAUUCUGUUCUGUCCACUCAAGAGCAAGCAUCUGCAUUUACAUUGCCUCCUUUUGGUGUUAGAAAGAUUGUUUUGGCCACCAAUAUAGCUGAAACAGGUAUUACUAUACCUGAUGUGGUUUUUGUAAUUGACACUGGAAAAACAAAGGAAAACAGGUACCAUGAGAGUAGUCAGAUGAGCUCAUUGGAAGAGACUUUUGUCAGUAAAGCUAGUGCACUACAACGUCAGGGGCGAGCAGGGCGUGUCAGAGAUGGAUUUUGCUUUCGACUCUAUACCCGAGACAGAUUUGAAGGUUUCCUAGAAUAUUCAGUUCCAGAAAUAUUGCGUGUUCCCUUGGAAGAACUGUGUCUUCACAUCAUGAAAUGUAAUCUUGGUUCUCCUGAAGAAUUCCUCUCCAAGGCAUUAGACCCACCUCAGAAUCAAAUUGUUGCCAAAGCCAUGUAUCUUCUGAGGAAAAUUGGGGCUUGUGAAUUAAGUGAGCCUAAGCUGACUCCUCUAGGCCAACAUCUUGCAGCCUUGCCAGUCAAUGUAAAGAUUGGUAAAAUGCUUAUAUUUGGUGCUAUUUUUGGCUGCUUGGAUCCAGUGGCUACUCUUGCAGCUGUAAUGACCGAAAAGUCUCCAUUUACUACCCCAAUUGGAAGAAAAGAUGAAGCAGAUCUGGCAAAAUCUUUUUUGGCAUUGGCCUGUUCAGACCAUUUGACAAUUUACAAGGCAUAUCUGGGCUGGAAGAAAGCCCGCUCUGAAGGAGGUUAUCGUGCUGAAAUGACCUACUGUAGGAUAAAUUUUCUGAACAGAACUUCACUACUAACACUUGAGGAUGUAAAACAGGAACUUAUCAGAGUGGUUCAGACAGCAGGGUUUGCUGCACCCUCAUCUCAUCAUGAAGGAAUACAUUCCUUGUCACUACAAGAACUGGUUCUCCUUAAAGCUGUGCUAACUGCAGGGCUGUAUGACAAUGUGGGGAAGAUAAUGUACACCAAGUCUGUGGAUGUUACAGAGAAAUUAGCAUGCAUAGCAGAGACGGCUCAGGGUAAAGCACAGGUACACCCUUCUUCUGUAAAUAGGGAUCUGCAGACCUACGGAUGGCUGCUAUAUCAAGAGAAGAUCAGAUAUGCCAGGGUGUUCUUGAAAGAAACAACCUUAAUUUCCCCCUUUCCAAUAUUACUUUUUGGUGGAGACAUAGAAGUGUUGCAUCGUGAACGCCUUUUAUCAGUUGAUGGCUGGAUCCAUUUUCAGGCCCCUGUAAAAAUUGCAGUAAUUUUCAAACAACUGAGAGCACUCAUCGAGUCUGUUUUAAAGCAAAAACUUGAAAACCCUAAAAUGUCCCUUGAAGAUGACAAAAUUUUGAACAUCAUCAAAGAACUAAUAAAAACAGAAAACACUAACUGAUAGGUCAGAGCCACAGAAAUUGGAAAAAGAAAAUAUGACUGAAGAAUAUGUUUGUUUAAAGAAACUGCAAUCAGCAUUUGGACAUUGCUUGAACUUUCCACAUACAUUUUGUCAUUCUGCAAGAAACAAGAAUGCCUUGUAAAACUAAUAAUAAAUACUCUUGAACAGUGGGUAUUCAAAAUUUAAAAAUUGACAACAAUGGAAAUGAUUUCUGUAUAAAAAUGGGAAUUGAUUUUUUUUAACAUCUUGAUUAUGCUUUCACUUGUAAUAUUUGAAUCCACAACAUAGAUUUCUGUUCUCGUAAAGGAAGUGCAAUUGAGAAACCAGAAUCUUUAUUUUCAUUCAUUACCCAAAUUAUUGCUUGCAAAAGACAUAAUACAGGUUGGUAGUGCCAGAAGAUAUGUGCUUUGGUAUUUCUAAACAUUUGAUGUACAAAUAUUUACUUGAAGUCCCAGACUGUUUUUAGAAUGCAUGGUCCUAUAGAUUGAGAUUCUGUCUGAAUUCAGUAUUAUAGAACUGUAGGAAAAAUAUUAAAUCUUUUUUUAAAAAACAACAUACCACCUCAAAUAUUUAGAAACUUUUUUCUUUAUAUAAAGAAACUAUACCGAAGAAAAAAAAAUAUGCAUACUACCUUUUAUAUGCCUUUUUAUAAGUGUAAAUUUCACAGAUAUUUCAACUUGAUUCAUAUUUACUUUCCUCUAUCAUACAUAAUGCUACUCUCUUUUCACUGUAAAAUUUGCAAUACCUCUAGUAUCAGGCAAAAAAUUGAAAACUAAAAACAGCUGAAUAAGUAUCUUAUACUUAGCUGAAUGUCUACAAAUU